AUGCAUCACGCAUGUGACGUCUGUGGCAGAGAGUUUAGUCGAAAAGCGAACCUCGCCCGUCAUCGCGACACGAUACACGGAGACGUGGCAGAAAUUUCUUCGGGAGAAGAGAGCAUGGACGCCGAGCCAGAUUCUUACCGAUCCGCUGACAUAUUUGACGACACCGACGACCCGUCGGAGGAGGGAACGACAGAGCAUGACACGGAAUCACUGGAAUCUUCCGAGGAUGAUGAAGUCUCAGAAGAAGAUGAGUCUGAAAUGGACCAUCAGGAGGUAGAGUCAGCGACAGAAACUGACGGCGAUCAAAGUGGUUCUGAGAGUGAAGAAACUGACAGCGAUGAAAGUGGUUCUGAGAGUGAUGCAAGCUCGGACGUGUCUUCCAGCACGGCUUCUUCUGAAGAGGAAAGUGAACAGUACAGCUUCGAUAGUGGUGAUGAGGAGAAGUGGACGCUCUAUCGCGACUGGACCAUUCCACUAACUCACCAUCCUGGCGAUGUCCCUCAGCGCGUGAUCAAGGAGACAAAACGCGCUGGCAGAAGAUUUUAUCUAGUAGAGUUUGCUGCCCUGCCUCGUUACAGUUACGAGAUCGAAUACAGUACGAACUGGGUCUCGGAACAGACAUUGAUGAAAAAAUAUGGUUACGUCGUUCUAAAAUAA